AUGGAUCAGAAGGAACUAAAUCAUGAGGCAUCCAUGCUUCGAAAGGUUGCUUUUCUAGGAAUCUGUAUAAGUACUGUCUCUACUCUAACUUGCAUCGUCGCUAUUCCACUUCUCUAUAACUACAUGCAACACAUUCAAACUAAUUUACACAGCGAAAUUGAUUUCUGUCGCCACAGAACUGUUGGCCUGUUCAUACAAUACGAGAGAAUGCAAUCGGCAUCAGGAAUAAAAGGCAGGAGAAUAAUCGUCAAGAAGCAAGCGGGCUAUGAUUUUUCCGAAUUAAAUCCCAAUGGAGAGUCUGGCUUCAGUAGCAGCAAAUCUUCAUUAUCUCCAGGAGGUCAGUGCUGUUCUUGUAAAACUGGGCCUUCUGGACCACCAGGCCCUCCUGGAGAGGAUGGAAGAGACGGCCGUGACGGAAAGCCUGGUCUGAAUGGAGAAGAUGGCACCGACGCUAAGGAUGCAGCUCCAAGACGUGAUGCUUCCGCUCCAUGUUAUGAUUGCCCAGUUGGUCCGCCAGGGCCUGUCGGAAAUGUCGGACCAAAAGGACAAUCGGGACGCAAUGGAAAAGAUGGACUACCAGGAGUUCCAGGCUUACCCGGACAACCUGGAGAGCCGGGAGAGGAUGGGGAGCCAGGAGAAGAUGGAGACCCAGGACAACCAGGAGAAAACGGAGAGCCAGGAAAAUGCGAUGAAGUCAACGUUGCUCAAGGCCCACCAGGGAGACCUGGACCACCCGGGUUGCCAGGACCAGAUGGACUUCCAGGAACACCAGGAAACCCUGGGCAAGAUGGAGAGCAAGGCCCAGCUGGGGAGCCGGGGAGAGACGGAAAAGACGGCCAACCAGGGAGACCUGGGCAACCAGGACCACCAGGAGAACCGGGAACAGGAGGCGGAUGCGAACACUGUCCUACACCCAGAACUGCCCCCGGAUAUUAG